UCAGUUGACCAAAGUAGCAGCAGCAGCCGCAACACGUUAGCAGCGCUUAUUCGCUACAAAAUUCUCGUAAUUUAUUCAAAACACAAUUAAACGUUAAACAAAAACGUUGUUUGUCGCAAUCGUACUAGUUGGAAGCAAAACAAGAUCAUAAUAUAGCAAAUAUGGCCGAUGAUCCUGUUAAUCAGCGGGCAUUUGCCGAGGAUGUGGCCGCUGCGGCAGCAGCUGGCGGCGAUCAGGGUUUCGCAAUGCCGCCACCAGGUAGUGCUGGUCCCGGUAGUCCCGAUUUUAAAAUGCCCAGUGCCGAGGACAUCUGGAAAAUGGUCGAAUCCAUGGAGGGCAUUUCGGAUACUGAGCGUGAAGAGCUACGCGAGAGCAUAUUCAAUCCCCAAGCAUCAUCGCCGGAGGAUUUCAUGAAACAAUAUGGACAGCCGGGUCACAGUUCCCGAGAGUAUAUUGUGUUCUUUGUGAUGAUUGCGCUCAUCUUGAUCGUCUUUGCUCUCUUCGGGUUCAAGCUGUACAAAUCGCUAACGGAGAAGGAGCUGAAGAAGCAGGAGAAACUCAAGAGCAAACAGCAGAAGAAGACAAAGAAGUCCAAUUGAAAUGGAUUAAUGAAUAUAUUGCAUCUAAUAUUUGCAAGCGAUUCUUGAAAUUUAUAUUAAAUUUUCAACAACAACAACAAUAACAGCAACGGCAAAAUAGAGAUGCACCCAUUGUUAAAUGAUAAUCAAAGUAUAAAUUCCCUGUAAAUGAAUAGAUUGUAUAUCACCUGCAUAUGCAAAUUAUCUAAUAUAAAAGUUAUAUAUACGUACUAGGUUGAAA